UUCAGUACCAAAACAAUAUGGCGGCGUCCUUACAGCGCAUUGGGGCAGCGGGGAAGCAUAUCAUAAAGAGGAAUUUAUUAAAAACAGCAGCGUUCACAAGGAAUAACGCUGCUAUUACACGGAGCGGAAGCACCCAAACUGCGAGUCAUGUCGCCUUGAACGUCCCCGAAACCAAAGUGACCACUCUGGAGAACGGCCUACGCGUGGCCUCCGAGAACUCCGGAUUACCGACCUGCACCGUGGGCCUGUGGAUCGAUGCAGGCAGUCGCUAUGAGAACGCCAGGAAUAAUGGAACUGCACACUUCCUGGAACACAUGGCCUUCAAGGGCACGAGGAAGCGUUCUCAGCUGGACCUGGAGUUGGAGAUUGAGAACAUGGGCGCUCACCUGAACGCCUACACCUCACGUGAGCAGACAGUCUACUACGCCAAGGCCUUCUCCAAAGACCUGCCCAGGGCGGUGGAGAUCCUUGCUGACAUCAUCCAGAACAGCACGCUAGGGGAGGCGGAGAUUGAGCGGGAGAGGGGUGUGAUCCUGCGGGAGAUGCAGGAAGUGGAGACCAACCUACAGGAAGUAGUUUUUGACUACCUGCAUGCUACGGCCUAUCAGGAGACAGCGCUCGGGAGGACCAUCCUGGGACCCACAGAGAACAUCAAGACCAUAAACCGGGGGGACCUGGUGGGGUACAUCACCUCCCACUACAAGGGACCGCGCAUAGUCCUGGCCGCAGCAGGAGGUGUGAGUCAUAACGAGCUGAUUGACCUGGCCAAGUUCCACUUUGGGAAGCUGGUCGCAGCGGAGAGAGAAGCUCCAGCUCUUCCCCUGUGCAGAUUCACAGGAAGUGAGAUCCGUGUGCGGGACGAUAAGAUGCCUCUGGCUCACAUAGCGGUGGCCGUGGAAGCGGUGGGCUGGUCGCACCCUGACACCAUCCCCCUCAUGGUGGCCAACACACUCAUUGGGAACUGGGACCGCUCGUUUGGAGGGGGCGUGAACCUGUCCAGUAAGCUGGCCCAGAUGGCCUGCCAGGGGAACCUCUGUCACAGCUUCCAGUCCUUCAACACCUGCUAUACCGACACCGGCCUCUGGGGGCUAUACAUGGUGUGUGAGCCAGGCACCGUCAACGAGAUGAUGCACUACACACAGCAGGAGUGGAUGUUCCUGUGCACGGCUGUGAGUGAGACUGAAGUGGACCGAGCCAAGAACCUCCUGAAGACCAACAUGCUGCUUCACCUGGACGGCUCCACCCCCAUCUGUGAGGACAUCGGUAGACAGAUGCUCUGCUACAACCGCAGAAUCCCCCUACACGAGCUGGAGGCCCGAAUAGACGCCAUUACGGCAGACACCAUUAAGGAGGUUUGCACCAAGUACAUCUACAACAAGGCCCCCGCCAUCGCUGCAGUUGGCCCAAUCGAGCAGCUGCCCGACUACAACCGCAUCCGCAGUGGCAUGUACUGGCUCAGGACUUGAGAGAGCAUACACACACACACACCGGACGGCAUCGCUGGUCAUCAGUCCUGUCUGUUUCAAUAAAUAACAUUUAUAUCCACCUGUUUAAAUGACAACAGCACUAUUUAUGUUUCCUGUAGAUUUCCUUUAAAUUUUAUUAUAAAAUAAAGACCAACACAAUAAUGUUAAAAGAA